CAGUUGGUUGUCAAUGGUGUUAGAUCGUGGGAGGAUGUUUCAUAAAAUUUUAAGGGCUACAUAAUAUUCCGUAAUUAAUUUUGUCUUGUACUUUGAGCGCACCUGAUUUAUUUGAAUUAUAUACCGUACAGAUAAUUAAAAAUAUCGAACACAAAAAGUAAACGGUACUAUCAGAGCCAUUAUGAUAUUUUAAAGCAACAUUAAAACAUCAGCAUUUGAUUUCUUGUCAUAAUGGCUCGUUUCCUAUCAAAGGAUAAAUUGGAAGGUUUCGAGAAAUACAAGUACAAUUCUAUUGAUACGUGCAUUCUCAGCAAUUAUGUUAUGCAUCCAUUCUGGAAUUGGUGUGUUCAGUUUUGCCCGGUGUGGGUGGCACCAAACCUAUUAACUUUCACUGGCUUCCUACUGACGGUCCUAAACUUCCUUCUAUUUUCCUAUUACGACUUUGGAUUCUACGCACUCACACAAGAGAACAAAGAUGGAAACUCCAUCCCGUGGUGGGUAUGGGCUCUCUCCGCAGUUAACCUGUUUGUGGCAUACACCCUUGAUGGUAUCGACGGCAAGCAAGCUCGGCGGACGGGCACGAGCGGGCCGCUCGGCGAACUGUUCGACCACGGCCUGGACUCGUACUCCGCCGUGCUCAUACCCACGUGCUUGUACAGCAUCUUUGGAAGGGAUGAGUUGAAUCCACUGCGGUUCUUCUUCGUGAUAUGGAACAUUUUCAUCAACUUCUACCUGACGCACUGGGAGAAGUACAACACGGGGGUGAUGUUCCUUCCCUGGGGUUACGACUUCACCAUGCUCGGUUCAUGCUUCCUCCUGCUGGUGACGUCGGUGACGGGCCCGCGCGCCUGGCACGUGUCCCUCCCCGGCGGCCUCACCCCCGGCAUCGUCUUCGAAUUCGUGCUUUACUUCUCAGCGAUGCUCACCAGCCAGACUGUUAUCAUCUGGAACAUCUACAAGUCGUACCGCGACCGCACGGGCAAAAUGCGUUCGUUCAGCGAAGCCCUGCGGCCGCUGGUACCGGUCGCUGCAUUCUUCGCGCUCAGCUCCGCCUGGGCUCUGUACUCGCCGUCGGACAUCGUGACGCGAUGCCCGAGACUCUUCUACGUGCUCACUGGGACUAUCUUCUCCAAUAUUAAUUGUCGUCUGAUCGUCUCCCAAAUGAGUGACACACGCUGCGAAGCUUGGAACCCCUUACUGAUGCCAUACUCGCUUGCGUUGCUGACCGUACUGUUCUUACAACCGCCUCCCAUCGCCGAGCUGUCGCUGCUGACCGUACUGUGCGUUUCCAGUUCCGCGCAACACAUCUACUACGGAACCAGUGUGGUGCGAGAAAUGUGUGAACACUUCAAUAUUAAUUGCUUCCAUAUAAAACCAAAUAUAAAGUAGAUUUUAUCUUAAUUGUAUAAAUGCGAAAGUAGGUUUAUUUGUUUAUUAUUACUUGAUCUACUCAACGAAAAUUUUGCAUGCAUGUAAUUUGAAAUAUGAAGGACAUAAAGUACCUUUCGUCCUCCAAAAAUAACCGUUCCUGUUGAAAUAUUACGCGUAAAUAAGCCGCGGGCAACAGCUAGUAUUUUUUAGGGACCGGACCGCUAUCCCUUUCACGGGUUUUGAAGGGGUUUUUGGAAUGGGUUUGCUUUCGAAAGCCGUUCGGUGCUGUAACCCGUUCAAAUCCAUUGAACAGGUUAUACAAGAAUAUGGGAAAGCUUUUCAAAGGAUUAAGCAAACAAACGGCUUGUCCGGUCCCUGGUAUUUAUAUAAUUUAAUAUGCGGUUCGUGUUAAUUGUAUGUUUGUAUAAAUAUUGCAAUGUAGCUAGUCAUAAGAGGCGUUUGGAACGUCGCUCACAUAUAUAACUUUUCAUUUGCUGCUAACUAUUUGAAUUAUUUUAUUGUAAUAAUAUGUGGCCGUCCAAAUCAAAAGGGACCUUAUGGCGCCCGGCACUUACGCCAUUAUUGCCGUUGUUUUGUAUUCGAACAACGACAAUAAAGUCCAGUGCCAGCCGCCAUAAGGUCCCUUUUGAUUUGGACGGCCACAUAUACUAAUUUAUAGUAGAAGUGGUACAGUAAAGGGCAGAUAAAGCUGAUCUCUGUGGUAGUGAGUUACUUUGGUGCUGGGUCAGGUUUAUCAGCCCCCGGUGUACAUUAUAUACUUACCAAAAAGAAACGAAUUAGUUAACAUUUUAUUAUUUUUUAAGUUCAGAACUCCUCAUAGAAUAAACUGGAGUUUUCUCACAGGCGAUGGGCUAGCAACCUAACACUAUUUCAGAAUUUCAACUCCUCGAAUAAGGCUCCUGUAUGGGUAAGUACAGGUAAAUGUUGCCUUUGAGUUACACAACUCUUACCUUACAGAAAUAUAUACAAUAUAUUUGAUUUGCUGUUAAUAAAAAAAUACAUAUAUAUAUAAUAUUAAUCUCAGAAACUCGGACCUCGAUUAUGUUACAAGCAUUUGUUUUCGCAAUUUGUUUCUGUAAGGUUGUCAAAAUAAAGUUUUAAAAUAAACUUAAAAUUGCUCUUCAAAAUUUUGCAUUGGUAUGAAGUUAAUUUUAUUAGAGAAAGAUUUAUGAUAUUUUUUUAUGUGCAUGUUGUGUUCACAUCAAGAAGACUUGUCACUUUUUUAUGUUUAUUUUAAGCUAACUUCUUAAAAAUCUUAUGCUUGUACUGUGUCAGUCUUGUGAAUAGAAAAAAUAAAAAGUCAAACAUCUACUUGAUGAAUCUUGAAGUUUUUUAAAAAUAUUCGUAAAAAGAACGUCUUUUGUGACUAUUUCUGGAUUUUAUAUUUGAGGAAUAUGAGGCGGGAAUAUUGUGAAAGGCUGAGAAACUACUACUAGGUGAUCGGUUUUGUGUUAUAAAGUUGUAGGUAUGAGGAUUUGUUAUUUACUUUGUACUUAGUACUGCCUCACUAUCAAUUUCGGAGUAUAACUACUAAACAUAUCAUAGCAAUAGCUUGGUGAUGGAACGAAGGACCAUUCGCCUACUAGAUAUCUUGUAUAAUGUGGGAAUAUUAGGUUUACGUUUGUGUGAAUGAGUAAUAAUUAUGCAGUCUUCCUCAUAAAAAAUUGCCACUUGACAGCUACCUCUAUGUAUUAAAAUCUCACAUCCAAUAAAAAAGAUUUAACACGCCGUUUGAAAUUCUUGUCAAAGAAGGUACAUAUAUACAGUAAAAAAAAUAUGUUUGUACGUUAACUCAAUUGCACAAAAGUAAGUCUGAAUUAACAUAUUAUGAACUGUUCUUAGUAGAUAUUUUAUUUUUCGUACAAUUCUAUUAUAAGAAUAAGUCCAGUGUAUUAUUAUCGCUGGACUCUUGUAAGGCAGAUUAUGCCAUAGAUCUAUUUCUAAGCAAAUACAUUUAGUAGGCAAACCAACUGAGUUUUUGCCCGCGAGGUUACAGUCGUGGGUGCCCGCUGACCUCUCGGCUCGUGUAGGGUCGGACGCAAAAUGUGUAUUCGCAAAAUGAGCACUUUCUGAAAAUGGUUAACACGUUCAUAUUUUUCUAAGUGUUCAUUUUGCGUCAAUGUCGUCUGUCCCCGCACCUCUGUCAACCCACGAGCGAAUACUCGAUGGCUAACGCGAACGCAUUCGCCGCUAGAGGAUGUGUGCAAGCGCACACCACAAAAUUUUGCAAAAACAAACCUUUCACGACACUAGCUCCCCUAACGGCAAAUUCGCCGACGUUAGUCCCACUGCCUAUAAAUCGAGUGGGGAAAGUGGUACAACCUUACACCUGGACUUGGUACUGGUUAUGCGCUUCCCAGAUUUUUAUCCUAUUCGGCUUUUAGGAAAUAGUAUAUAGAUGUUUCACAUUGUAUAGCUAAAAUUAGUGCUGUUCUAUGCAGCACCCAUUUAGUAAGCCUACAUGGUCUGUGGCAGUACGUAGAUAUUAGUGUACAAAACCUCCCAAAAAUCUUGCAGAGUAAACCUAUCAUAAAUUGCGGACACGGGACUGUAUAUAGGAGUAACACAGAUGUCAUAACACUAAUACUUUGUGUCUCUUCGAGAGAUACAUAUCAAUGAAUGUCAUUGCUUUGAAAUAUACCUAGAGUCAAUAUCUUAUUUCUUUAAAACUGAAAAGAUAAAAAACAUUAUAGUUUGUUAAAAAAAUAUAAUUAUUUGGAAAAAUUAUAGUUCCUCUUGUAAAAGAAAAAUCUUACUUUGUCCCUCCGUUACAAAAUCCAACUCACAUAGUCACUUAGUUUGCCAUUUCACAUAGGUACAGUGGUUCAAUGAACUUCGACUGAUGUAUUCAAAGGAAUAACAUUCUAGGAAGUCGGCGACGUACCUACCUACCUUGUUUUUCUACAUUUGAAUAGUUAAAAUUAGUUAUGGCUGUGUAAAAAUAUUAAUAUAUUUUGAAGUACCUAUAUGUAAUUUUUAUUCUGCCUACACAUUUAGACGUAAUAUAUUAUUACUUAAAAUUAUUCGCUAUUGCUUAGUAAUUUUGUACACACUUUUUUACUCUGCAAGAUUUUUGUAUGACUAUGGUUAUUCACAACUAAAUGAUCUGAUUUACUCACUAACAUUAAAUGGAACGGGUAUUUAUCUAAGAAAUUUUAAUCAGUCUAUUGAGUGGCAGCAUAUUUAUCUCAUUUAGGUACAUGUAAAACACUGUAAAAGUACUUUUACAUUUCCAUAGAUUGCUUACUCUUAAAGGUUAAGGAUAGUCAUAUAUUUACCUAUUAUUCUUAUCUUUUUAAGUUAUUUCCAAAGUUACUAGUGGUACCUAGUCAUAUUUGUUACUAUUAUAACAUUGCCAUUUUAAUCGUGAUAUCAUUAUUAUGAAAUUUUUGUACAUUAUAAACAAUAUUUAUUUUCGCCUUAAAAAUCUCACAUGACCAAUGAUGUAAUUUUAUGUCAAUUAAGUUUAUGAAUUAAAAGUGUAAAAUAAGAUUUAUUAUUCCGUUACGAAUACAGGGUUUUCACUUAUUUUCUUUCAAACCCCGUUAUUGUUGCAUUUAAGUGAUUUGUGCAUAUUCGAUCGAGCAGACCUUGUACAGUCCAGAAAGUGAAGAAAUAAAAUGAGGUCGUUGUCUCCUUUUGGCUGGCAACACUGGGUGUUUAUCAACCAAUCAAUCGUCAAAAAUCAGUUUUCUUCACUUUCUGGACAGAGGUACUAAGUUUAGUUAAGAUGAUUGUAUAUAAUAUAUUUGGAUACUCAUUCAAUUUACUUUCGCUCUCUUAUAGAAAUGUUGAAUGCUCAUUUCAUUAUCUCUCAUAAAAACAACUACGAACCAAAUCUUGUAAUCUGUUUAAGUGCAUCAUGUAUUUAUAGUGUUAAAGGCCACACCUAAUGCACAAUGAGUGCGCUUUUCUGUAUGGAAAUGUAACGCACGCGUCUAUGCAGCCAGCCACAAUUCCAUACUAACAUUGCGCUGUCUGCACUGGCCUUAUGAGAGCACAUAUUAUCAAACUUCUAACGAUUAUAGUACCAUUACAAUGGGGAUUUUAUUCAAUGGAAAUAUUUGUAUUAUUUAAGUACUUGGUUUGGUUUGAAUAUAAAAAUUAAAGAUACCUACUCUUAAA